AUGCCAUAAUUUAAUGAAAUGUUAGAAGAAUACAGAAUUCUUUAUAAAGAAUAAUGUUCAUAAUUCAUUUAAGACAGCCAGACAUUAUGGCCAAUAAGUGCUAAAAAUGGAGCAGAGGAAGCAUAAAAUGUAUUUGAUUUAGGUUGGGAUCUUGAAACAAUAAUUUCAAAUUGGUAAAAUGAAAAAAGCCUACUUCCUGAUGAGUAUUAAUAUGAGCUUUAUUCAUAAUUGAUCGUAAUAAAUAAUAAUCUAAUUAGAUGAGAUAUUUACUAUAAUUUUAAGUGUGAUAGGUGUAAUAAUAUUAUUAUGUUGCUGUUAAAUAUUUUGUAUUCCAAAAUACAAGGUUUUUAUGAGAUGUUGCUAUAUUAAUGUUGAGACAGAUACUAAAAGCACAUUUGAAAAAUAUUUUCUAUUUUUUGGUAUAAUACUUUUGAGUAUAAUGUUAUGUGCAGUUUGUGGAUUAUCUUAUACAGACAAGUAAAUUGAAAGUAGGUAUUAAAUCCAUUAAUAUUAGUUUAUUAUAAGUAAAGUGUAUUUCUUUAUGGAUGAUUGAGAACACAAUUCAAUAGCAAAAUGAUUAAGGAUGGCAUAAUAAUUGGUAAGGCAUUUUAUAUAUUAAUAAACAUAUAAAAUCACUUACUUAAGAAUUAUCAGAUGAAUCUAGAUAGAAUGCUAUUAAACAAUUAAGUUAAAUUAAAACUAAAUAACUUCAAUCAUAAUAUAAAAUUGAAAAUCAGUAUUUAUCUGAUUUAUAUGAAUUUAAUUUUGAACUUAAUUUAAUCAAUCCUAAUCCUUAUAGUAAUUUACAACAUAUUAGUAGUAAUUUUAUAGAAUAAAUUGGACCUAGUAAUUAAUUAGGUACUGUUACAAAUCUACUUUUAGAAGAAUUGUCAUCUAGAGAUCAAGCAAUAUAUUUAAUGAAAAGAAUUAAAUUAAAAUCAUAAUCAAUAAAUACAACUUAAAUAAUAGACAAUCUUAAUCAUAGUUAAUAAUAAUUAAAUGAUUUCUCAUAAAAUAUUAUCAAAUUUUUAUCAAAACUUGAAUAGACAUUGAAUACUAAAAGUUGGAUAUUUGAUUCUGGAGUAACAGCUUAUAAAAGAUUUUUAAUAAUUACUUGUACAACAACUUUAGUUUUAUUAUUUUCAUUUUCAUUAGUGACUUGGUUUCGUUUUUAAAAAUUGGGAUUUUUAUUACAUAUUUCUUGGAUAGCUCUGGCAGUUUUAUUAAUAAUAGGUUUUAUUAUUUUAAUAUUUGUUUAUUAUGUAUCAUUAAUAAAUAAUAAUAUGGUUUGUAAUUUAGCACAUGAAGUUAUUCAUGAUAAAAAUGUAUUAAAAAAGAUAAUUAAAAUUAUGAAACCUACUAAACAUUUUAUUAAAACAAAGUCUUUUUUUAAAUAAGUAGAAGUAUGUUUAUAUGAAAAUGGAGAUUUCGUUUCAUAUUUUGAUUUGAAUUCUACUUUUGAAAACAUAAUCGAUCUUGAUAAAUCAAUUUAAGAAUUUGAUAAAUUAUCACAUUCACAUAAUGUUAUAAAUUUUUAUCAAUCAGUCAUAUAAUCAUACUUUACUAAUUAUAGUUUAGUAGUUAGUAAUGAGAGUGUUGAUAAUCCAUAGAAAGUUUUGAAAUAUAUGAAUAAUUGGACAGAUUAUAAUGUAGAUAGAUCUAUGUAAAUGAUUUAUGGAGGAUGUAGAAUUUCUUAAGAUGAAUGGGAAUGGAAAGACAAAGAUUGUAAAUAUUAUAAAGCUGAUCUACUCAAAUUAAAGUAAUGAUAACAAGAUUUAAUAGGUGAACAGUUUUUAUAAUAAUCCUCAUCGAGAAUUUGGGAUGGCCAUUUGUUUAAUAUUCGAUUCUUGCAAUUAAGAUUUUGCAAAAUAAAGGUAUCUAGAUUAAUAUAAGAGAUGUAAAACCAAAAAUUAAGAAAAUAUUUCUUAAAUAAUCUUAAAAUAUUUUAAUCAAAUUAAAUUAUACAUUGAUUCUGUUAAUAGCACUUUUAAACCAAUUUUAUAAAAUUUAACAUAAUAUGAAUUAGAAUUAACUAAUUUAGAUAAAGAUAUUAAAUAAAAGAUAGUUAAUUUAACUUAUUAUGGAAGUCAACUAAAUUUAAUUUUUAAGAAAACAUAGAAUUUAACAAACACAUUAAAUUGUUCAUAUAUUAAAUAAGGAACUGUAAGAUUCAAAAAUACAUUCUGUACAACAUUACUAAAUGGCAUGUUUUUUAUGUAUAUAUACUUAAUUUCAAUAUGUACUCUCUUGAGUUGUUUGGGAAUACUCUCAGUAUGGUCUGCUAUGAGAUGUAUUCCAAAAUCAGAAUAACAUUAAGUUUUUUUAGAAGCAGCUAUUGGACCUAUGUAACAAAGAACCAUUUAAAGAAAAAGCUUAGACAUGAAUUGA